GCUGAACCAUCCUUUGUUGCAAAACAUGAAGAUAGUUUGUUAAAGGAUUUAUUUCAAGACUACGAAAGAUGGGUUCGUCCUGUGGAACACCUGAAUGACAAAAUAAAAAUAAAGUUUGGCCUGGCAAUAUCUCAAUUAGUGGAUGUGGAUGAGAAAAAUCAGUUAAUGACAACAAAUGUCUGGUUGAAACAGGAGUGGAUAGAUGUAAAGUUAAGCUGGCGCCCUGGCGACUAUGGCGGAAUAAAAGUUAUACGCGUCCCUUCAGACUCUCUCUGGACCCCAGACAUUGUUUUGUUUGAUAAUGCAGAUGGACGUUUUGAAGGGGCCAGCACGAAAGCAGUCAUCAGGUAUGAUGGCACUGUCACCUGGACUCCACCGGCAAACUACAAAAGUUCUUGCACAAUAGAUGUCACGUUUUUCCCAUUCGAUCUCCAAAACUGCUCCAUGAAAUUUGGUUCUUGGACUUACGAUGGAUCACAGGUUGAUAUAAUUUUAGAGGACCAAGACGUGGACAAGAGAGAUUUUUUUGACAAUGGAGAAUGGGAGAUUGUGAGUGCAACGGGAAGCAAAGGAAACAGAACGGAUGGCUCCUGCUGGUACCCUUAUGUCACCUACUCAUUUGUAAUUAAGCGUCUGCCUCUCUUUUACACCUUGUUCCUUAUUAUACCCUGUAUCGGGCUCUCGUUUUUAACUGUGCUUGUCUUCUAUCUCCCCUCAAACGAAGGUGAGAAGCUCAGUCUCUGCACGUCAGUCCUGGUCUCUCUGACUGUCUUCCUUCUGGUUAUUGAAGAGAUCAUACCCUCGUCUUCCAAAGUAAUACCUCUGAUUGGAGAGUAUCUGGUGUUCACCAUGAUUUUUGUGACGCUGUCAAUCAUGGUGACCGUCUUCGCUAUCAAUAUCCAUCAUCGUUCUUCCUCAACACACGAUGCAAUGGCACCUUGGGUCCGCAAGCUAUUUCUCCACAAGCUUCCCAAACUGCUGUGCAUGAGGAGUCACGUAGACAGGUACUUCGCUCAGAAAGAGGAAACUGAGGGCGGUGGUAGACCAGAGUCUUCUAGAAACACAUUGGAAGCUGCGCUUGAUUCCAUCCGCUACAUUACAAGACACGUCAUGAAGGAGAAUGACGUCCGUGAGGUGGUUGAAGAUUGGAAAUUCAUAGCACAGGUGCUUGAUCGGAUGUUUCUAUGGACUUUUCUUCUGGUUUCAAUUGUUGGAUCUCUUGGGCUUUUCGUUCCUGUUAUUUAUAAGUGGGCAAAUAUAAUAGUACCGGUUCAUAUUGGAGAUGCAAAUAAGUGA